AUGGAGAUUAUGAUAGCUAAGUCCUUGAGUGAGUGCAAGAGGGCUCCAAACCCUGGCGAGACCAAGUGGUGUGUGUCCUUAGCUGAGGACAUGGUCGACUUUGCAGUUGGGUCCACCGGUGAAAACCCAUUCAACCCAAAAACCUAUCUGAUCCAGUAUUGGAACAAAGAGAUCCAAAACAACCAAGCCAAGCCAAUCUUUCUCCUAUCCAAGGUGUCUCCAUUGAGCGCAACUAAGUCAGCCAGUUUCUCCAAACUCGUCACCCAGAACGCUCUCUCCUCUCGAUUCUCGGCCUUCUGUGCCUCCGCAAACCUCCUCUGUUUCCCCGAUUCAUUACCAUCAACAUUUGGUCAAAAAGUCUCUACCGAUGUAGUCGUUGGCCAAAAACACUCUAUCGAUGUAGUCCUCCAAAAAAACUAUGGUGACUCUGCCAACAACUUUGCAAGCACCAAGGGUGGCUCCGGUAGAUUCUUUCGGGAGUCUAUGUUAAAGAAAGGGAAGAUGAUACCAAUGCUGGACAUUAGAGAGAAAUUUCCUGAAAGGUCAUUUCUACCUCGGUCGAUUUCGUCAAAACAACCAUUUUCCACGUUGAAAGUCUCUGAGCUAAAGCACAUUUUUCAUGCGGGUGAUAAUUCGACUAUGGAGAUUAUGAUAGCUAAGUCCUUGAGUGAGUGCAAGAGGACUCCAAACCCUGGCAAGACCAAGUGGUGCGUGUCCUUAGCUGAGGACAUGAUCGACUUUGCAGUUUCAAUGUUGGGUCGAAACAUUGACAUUCUAACGAUGAAGAAUGUAAAUGGGUCAUAG